UUGAAAAUCACCACUCUGGAUUUCUAGAUUGCAAGAGGACCCACCGGUGGGUGUCAGUGGUGCACCAUCUGAAAACAACAUCAUGCAGUGGAAUGCAGUUAUAUUUGGUCUAUCAUUGUCAUUCUUGAAGAUCAAGAAAAAGCAACAUAAAAAACUUCUUUUAAUCAGAAAUCUUCUUGUUUUCAGACCAGAAGGGACACCAUUUGAAGAUGGUACGUUCAAACUAGUAAUAGAAUUUUCUGAGGAAUAUCCAAAUAAACCACCAACAGUUAGGUUUUUAUCCAAAAUGUUUCAUCCGAAUGUGUAUGCUGAUGGUAGCAUAUGUUUAGAUAUCCUUCAAAAUCGAUGGAGUCCAACAUACGAUGUAUCUUCUAUCUUAACAUCAAUUCAGUCUCUGCUGGAUGAACCAAAUCCGAACAGUCCAGCCAAUAGCCAGGCAGCACAGCUUUAUCAGGAAAAUAAACGGGAAUAUGAGAAGAGAGUUUCGGCCAUUGUGGAACAAAGCUGGAAUGAUUCAUAAUAGACAACUGAUCUGUUCAUCUUUCUCUUCAUCGCUGUGUAUAAUUUACCUCCCAGUAGAAAGGCUAACAAAUUUUAAGUGCCACAAGUUUUAAGGAUUCUGCAAAAGAAAAAAGAAAAAAAAGUCCUUCAUUUAGAACCUACAAAAGCUUGUGUAUCUUGAUUAAUGUACUUUUUAUUGCAUGGUGUGAACUAAGUUAUUGCUGCAUAAAUUUGUAAUAUAUCCUGUUUGUAUUUUUUUCCAAGUGUA